CGAGAUCGGCUGAAGCAGGGGGGAGAAGGAGGGAGGCGGAGGAGAGAGAGGAGCUGGAAAAGACGACCAAAAGUGGAACGUUUUCUGGGAGUGGCUGUGUGUGCCUCACACUCCAGCCAAAGUAGAGGACCAGCCAAAGGGGGAAGAGACAGCGUCUGCAGCCGAAGAGAGUGGAGAUCGUGGACAACAGAAUGAUGACUUUUGGAGCCCGUGCACUGCUGUGCAUCAUAGCCCUCUCUGUCCUCCCAGCUGACUGGUUUCUACCUAUGGUCAACUGUCAAGUAACCCCAAUCCCAACAAUUGUGCCUGACAUAGAAUCUGUCACUGAUGACUUUGGUCUGCCUGAUACUGAGGGCAUAGUAGCAGAUGAACAAGUUCCGACUGCCAGUGUAAACACAACAGAGAUACCAGAAUGCCGUGAGGAGCAGUUCCCUUGCACACGCCUGUACUCCGUCCACAAACCUGUGAAACAGUGUAUCAGUUACCUGUGUGUUACCAGUGUGCGUCGCAUGUACAUAAUAAACAAGGAGGUGUGCUCUCGUGUGAUCUGCAAGGAGGAUGAAUUCAUGCAAGAUGAGAUCUGCCGUCAGCUGGCUGGCCUCCCACCGCGACGCAUCCGCCGCUCUGGUCAGCCCCGAGGCCCUCCCUGCCGAUUGGGCCAGAACAAGGAGCUGAAUAAGCCUGAUGCUCUGUGAACUACAAACAGUAGGAGAGAGAGAGGGAAAGGGAAGAAGAGAAUCAUUGUCAACCCGCCAUCUACAACCCCAAACAAGUCCUACUAACCCUCCUGCAACACAAGCUCACUCCCUCCACCCCACCUUUCAGGUGCUGCAGUGCAUCGGGUCCUCUCUCUGCUAGUAGCUGCUGUCUCUUCUAAAGGGUGCUCAUGUCUUUUAUCCCAAACUUGAUCUCGCAGGCCGUGAUCAGCCUAUUUCCCAGAGGUUUUUAUAACUGCACUGCUCCUUCUCUUGCUUUUCUCCCCCCCGCACCCCCAAGAGAGAGAUGAAGGUGGGGACAGAACGUAGGUCUCCUACAAUGUGCAAGCCCUUUGGGAGUCCCAGGCCUGGUCACCACAGCGCUCCUUGGAUGGAGCGAACCUGAGUGUCCUGGCCUCCUGUGUGACUACACAAAUCACUAAAUCCUAGGAUGCUGGGCCCAGCCCCUGUAGCUCUUCCAGCCCCCAAUGGUCAAGGAUCCUCAGGACCAGCACUCUGGUAACAUUUCAAGAAAGUUCAAGAGUAGGAAUCAAAUCUGGGGUUCUUGCAUGGCAUCAGAGUGAAAGUCCUUAGAACAUCCCAGCCCAGUCUCAGGGGACUGAGACAGCAGUUUACUACCUGGCAGCCUAGUGUUAGUCCCCAGGAAACUCCAUGCCCCGUCUCUACACUGCUCUCAGUGCCAGGGAAAUGACAAGUCUGGGACUGAGAAUUAAACCUUGACAACCCCGAGCUACAAUCCAAGACAAGUCUCACAGGCCCUGUGGGCAGUAAUUCAUUUAUAACCACCUCUGGGAAGCUUUGAAUCCCUUUGUUACAAGCUAUCUGCCUCUGUCAUAGGAACAGUAGCCAAUGAAGAAUCUUUGCUUAGCAGAGCAAUCUAUUUUUCACAAUACAAACAUAACAUUUAUUGAGAAGCGUACCCAUCCGCCUCCUAGGCCACCCUCUCCUCUCCUCCCAGCUCUAUUCCAUGCCCAGGGGACCCACAGCAAAGGUAUCACUGCAAACAAUCCAAGAAAAUGCCAGUUAGAGGCAGUCUGUUUGGCAAGUUGAGCUCCUGUGCCAGGGAAGGGCAAAGUUGAAGAAUUGGCACAUCAUGGAGGUGGGCUAGGAUCUUGGUACCUCCUAGGGUGAGGGACAUGGAACAUUUGGGUCUUUCAGGUAAAGAGCAGGUUUGUCCUGGAUAAUUUGGGGAAGUCUUGGCUCAACCCAGGUUUAUACACACAAAAUACAAUGUCACACCUGCCUGAAAAGUCUCUGUGGAAUUCCUCUCCCACCCCAGCACCAGGAGCUCUUGCAGGAGGCAGGAAAUGCGUGUUGGGUUAGCACAGGGAAAAAGAGAGGGAAUAAACUAUUGGGCACUGGUAGGGUGACUGGGCCCUAUUGCACACUGCAAGGGGAUGAGAGCCCCAUGGUCAGAGGAGUGGGCACAUAUGCAGAGAUAAGCCAGCUGUGUGGAAAGGAUUUCAUCCCCCUAGCACUGGGCUGUUCCACUGUGGUCUGGGGCAGAGUGGAGGAGGUUUGUGAAAUAUACAGUGGUGUGGUCACUUAACUAGCACCCCAUCCUGGCCAGGGGCUGCUUUGCAGGCACCCUGCCCCUUAUCUCUUACAGGCCCCUUAAGCCCCCCUGUCUCUGUUGUGGCUAACCUCACUCCUUUCUCGGUCUGGCUUAAUGUCAAACAAAGCUCAUAGAGUCCUUAAUCACAAAAUAACCCAAACAGUCCCCAAUGCAGCCCCCUCUAAAGUCAAAAUCACCCACACUGGCUAGCACUGAGCCCUCUGGUACAGCCCCCUCACUAACACUCUCAACCUGAGCCCUACAGCAGCCUGCUGCCUUUUAUAUUAGCAUACCUGAUUCCCCUCAGGUGAGGCUCAUCUCAUCAUCAGGAUUGUUUUAGGCCCAGGCUCUCCAGCUUCCAGGCAAGCCACCUGUUACAAUACUGAAGGGUCUUAAUCACUGUAGCAGUGCAACUUAACUAUGGCAACAAGGUCAGCUGGGGCCACUCAGUUAGGUAGUUUAUCUCACUACAGCUAGGGGUGGGGAGGAGAGUAGGCGGAGCUCAGUCUCUAACAAAGGUAUUGUUCCCAACUAUAAGGGAAGGCCAGUUUGUUUGGUUCCCCACCUCCUGAUAUAUUGGGCAUAAUUCCACUCGGUAGGAGCAGCAUUCUGCUGUAUAUGGCCUGGGUGACACAAUAAAGAGGAGAGAUGGCUAGAUACAGGAAGAGUUCUGCAGUAUAAGGGUAAAGUUGCCCUACACAAAAGCCUCUUCAUAGCAGACAAAUGUCUACUUUGUACAGAGCGAAGCUGUGUUACAUCCUACUUAGAGGAAGAUACCCCAAGAUAGGGGCAGAUUUUUCCUAUGCAGGGGCAGGGCUCUGCUCUACAGGGGCUGAAUUUUUCUCUACAGACCCACUAUACAGGGGAAUGAGUUCCAAGGCAAACAGGGAGUUUACCCAUCCCUGGGAACUAUAGGGGCAUAGUUCUCUUUCGUAGAAGGCAGAGGUCCUCUGUAUAAAUAGAGACUCACAACAUAGGGGGCAGAGCUUUGCCCUAUGUAGAGGAUGAGUUCAUACAGAGAGCAGAUGCCUGCUACAUUGGGAAGAGAUGACUUAAAGCUAGGAUCCUGCUCCCAUUGACUUCUAUGGUGCAGGAUCAGGGCCUUAAAGAGACUCCUGCCAAUUGAUAAAAUGUUAGAAGGAGCUCUUGGGAAUGGAAUUAGACCAAGUCUCCUCUCUGAAUAUAGAGUUGAAUGUAAACAUAUAUAGAUAUAUAAAUAUAUUACAUAGUUACUGUACAGUAUAUCUAAGUCUCAUGUUCACACAGUUUGGGGGAAUGCAUUAGAAACCUUUGCUAUUGCUUAAAUCUCACACUGCAUGCAGGGAUUUUAAGUGGAAUUCCCCUGGGAGAACACUGUCAAAACAUUAUAGUCCAUGUAAUGCACAUCAAAACAUUAAAAGAAAACUUUAUUUCUGAUUAGUCUUGGCAA